AUGAAACGUAAUGACGUAAUUCUGCGUUUAGCUCUGAAGGAUAAAAGAAAUAUACCCGCCGAUUAUUAUCAAAAGAUUGGGGGAACAAACUUGCAAGAAUCAAGAGAAAAAUCGGAUUCUGAUAUUAUUGACAAUCUAUCAGAAACCGGGAAAAUUGACUUCGAUAUACCACAAUGUAGGUUACAUUUACGUUACGCAAGAGCUAAUCAAUAUUUCAUAGCUGUUCCCGAAGCUGAGAGUGAAAAAGAAAAUAAGACAAGAAUUAUUUCCAGCAAGAACACUACGGAAUUUGAAACACUGUUAUCUCCAAGUGAACAUUUCAAAAGCUAUCUCAUCGAGAAAGUUAAUUUCGAUUUGCCAAAUGAUCUUCAGACUCAAUGUGAAAAAUAUGAUAUAACAAUAAGUAAUUCUGCCACUUACAAUACUGAAGUGAUACCAUCUACAAGUUCAAUAGAAGUUAAAGACCAGAGUUACAAGCAAAUCGUCUCGAUUUGCUUGUAA